AUGGCUUCUCAGGGAAUCUACAAUACAUCGAGGUUUGACUUUGAUUUGCAAGCAUAUUACAAAUCAUAUUUCCCAUUCAAGCCCUUUGUAAAAUGGAUGCAAUACGGAAAAAGUGAGUUUUCUUCAAAACAUUAUUAUGUGUUUACCCUCAAAAAACGCCGAUUUUUUUCAGAACCUUCUGAAUAUUUCUGUCGUCGUGAAUUCGCCUUUAUUCUUGCCGACGAUGUUCAUUUGCGUUAUAAAUCGUUCAAAGAUGUGUUGGCUUUUCAGAAGGCGCUUUGCUCGACAAAUCCACAUAAAUUGGAUUUGGGAGCGAUUUAUAACUAUAUGCCGAGUGAGAAUAAGAAACAUUCGGAUUUUUCGGCUGUGGAGAGAGAGCUGGUUUUUGAUAUUGAUUUGACGGAUUAUGAUACUGUCCGGACGUGUUGCCAGUAAGUUUUUGAGCUGGGAUUUCGCUGAAAGCCAUGACAAAAUUAUUUUGCAGAGACGCAAAAGUCUGCCCCAAAUGUUGGAAAUUCGUAGUAAUGGCCGUCAAAAUUCUCGACAAUCUUCUGUCGGAAAUGUUCGAUUUCAAAGCUCGAAUGUGGGUAUUUUCAGGCCGAAGAGGUGUUCAUUGUUGGAUUGGCGAUGAAAAAGCUAGAAAAUUGAAUAAUUCGGGAAGAGCUGCAAUUGCCACGUUUUUGAAUAGAUUUAAGAAAGACAACACAUUUGAGGUGACAGAUAAUCGAAGAAAAAUGACGUGUGUUCCGCCGGUGGUAAAAAGAAGCUAUAAAACUGCGAUGGAGGGAACGAUUUUUGAGGAAAUGUUGCAGGUUUGUAUGAUUUUUUACUUUAAAAUAUUGGAAAAUUGCACUUUUGGAGCGUUUUUAAUUUCAAAAUCAUGAUUUUAUGUCUGAAAACCAUGAAAUUCGGAAUUUCUGCUCAAAUAUCCAUUGUUUCAGAACUUAAAAAGGUUCCAAAGUCCCCCAUUUUCAGGAUCAAAAAUGGUUGGAAACUUCCGCUCCACUUUUCGAAUUUCCCUACAUGUCAGAAUGGACAAAAUCGAUAAUGCAAGAAAAUCAAGAAGCCUACAACACUCCGCAAGAACGCUGGAAUCUGAUCCGAAAAAUAUUCGAUCCAGAAACCCGUGAAAAAUUAGAGGAACAAGGCGAAAAAGUGCCGAAACCAGCUCAAGGAAGAGAUCGAUAUUUUAUGAAAUAUUUUGUGUUGAAAAGGGUUUAUCCACGUUUGGAUGUGAAUGUUUCGACGGGAACUAAUCAUUUGUUGAAAUCACCAUUUUGUGUUCAUCCAAAGACUGGAAAUAUUGCGGUUCCUUUGGAUGUUGAGACUAUUGAACAGUUUGAUGUCGAGAAUUGUCCAAGAAUUGAGUGAGUUUUGAAAUUUGUAAUUUUUUUGAGACCAAAUAUGACCUGGGUACUGUAGCUCUGAAACAAUGCGGAUUUUUUGACAUCAAAAAAUCAUAGGGUUUUCAAAUUUUGAACCUGGUUAUGAUUUGGACUACUGUAGGUACAUUAUGAUUUUCAAGCAUCAAACAAUCAAAUCGCGACAAAGAAAUCUACAUUCCCCAUCCAAAAAAUAAUCAUGUUUUUGUUGCAGCCACGUCAUCAACGAGUCUCGAAUGGAAACUAAUCAAGACGAUCAGGAAAAUCACCAAAUUCUGGCCUACAAACACGGCAUUUUGGCACCAUACGUGAAAAAUUUUGAGAAAUUUGUCGAGUUGGCAAUUGUAUCCUAA